CUCUCGUUAUCAUGGGAAAGCCUGUAUGCUCUCUUACUAGUGGAUUUACUCUUGAGCAACGCUAGAUCCAUGUAGGGAGGUCGGACAGAGGUGCAGUUGAGAGGAUCAGGAUGCGAGAUUGAGUCUUGGGCUUUUUCGUACAAACAGAGUUAUGGUGGGCAUGUCACUGCGUAGCGGCAUGCGCCUACCUGUGGGAGAGACUCCCCCGCUGGGGGAGGAGAACGUGUCACCAAACGAAGGAGGCGAAGAACAGCGAGGGGAAUCGUCCGAGGAUAAGCGCGAAUCUCCGCGCGAGAAGGCUGGCGAAGGAGCGCAAGAGUGGGACGAGGAGAUUUGUGGCUCUAGCAGUUUCGCCAUGCGAGCAGAUCGCCAUCCGGGAGAAGGAAUCCCAUCGGCGGGAAGAGGAGGAAUCCCUUCGGGCAUCGCGGAGCGCAGCAGAGGGGUCUCGGACUCGAGGGCAGCCGGAUCCGCAGAGGUCGCCACAUCUGCGCGCUUAAGCGAGAUGGGUGGCGGAGGUGCCAUCGGGGGGAGAGGCGCGUCCGUGGGAGGGCCGUCAAGGCGGUCCUUGUGGGAGGAGGGGACGAGAUAUUGCUACACCAGCCUUCCGAAAGUGGAGGUUCCAGCUCGCUUUACGGGCGACCAGGAGAUUGGGACGCGGCUUAAGGCGUAUGUGAUGCACAUCCACUGCGAGAAGUUCUGCUGGGAGCAAGAUGGAUUGGACUUAAGGCACUUCUUUCGCUCCCUGGGGAACACGCUGGCCGGAGACGUGGAGGCGUUCUUACUGGAAGUGCGCGAUCUGCUGCUGCAGGAAGAGGAGCGGGAUGCUUUGGGCCGGGUUUGCUGCGAUGAGGAGGGAUGGAUCUUGAUGCUAAGAGAUCCGACGGAGAGGUUCCUCGCCGAGCUGCAGGUCCAUUUCCCCACGCAGACGCGGCGCGGCUAAGAGAGUUUGAGCAGCUGCGGAGGGCCUCAAGAGAGUCACUGCUAGCGUAUUACCGGCGGGUGGAUCAGCUGGCUGACGUCAUCAGCUGCAACGAGCCACGGAUAGUGGUGGCGAAGUUCCUAGAUGGGCUGUCGAGAGAUCUGGUGGGGACGGUGCGAGACCACACGUACAACCUACGGCCGAACGCCACGCUUCGUCAGGCGUAUGCGAUAGCAUGGCGGAAUGAGCAGUCCCUGAGCAUGUAUGACCUCGGGAAGAGGGCAGAACGGACCAUGCCCCACGAGCGUGAUCGCAGGGGAGUAAGCUGGGGUGGAGCCAUGAUGGCAGACAGCGAAGGAGAUGAGGAAGGAGGGCUGGAAGGCAGGAAUCAGAGGGGACGGGCGAGGAGGGCAAAAAGUGCGACUCCGCCCCCGGGUGAAGAGCCUGUGUGCUAUAAGUGCAGGGAGCCCGGGCACUUCAAACGAGACUGCCCCAAGUUGCAAUCCUGUACAUAUUGCCAGCGAAAGGGGCAUGCGGCCGACGACUGCUACACGAAGCAGAGAGAGGAACGGAGCCGUGGGGGCAGACGCAGUCGCAUAGAAGCACUGGAAGAAGAGCUCAGGAAGCUCAAGGGGGAGGCGGAGGGCAGCGAGGAAGAGGAGGACUAGGGAGCACUAAUGGCUUGAACAGACCAAGAGGAUAAGGGGGAGCUGCCAGAGCCCUUCUUCAUGGCCUCGGGGAGAGAUCGAGACCGAGAAGACCUGGGGCUGCGCAUCGGGGGCAGAGAUGGACGCCGAGAUAUGCAACAGGGGCACAGAGGGCCGAGGAUGGAGCCCUCCCCAGCGGUGCAGCGUGCAGCGGAAGCUGUAGCGGAGGCAGUGGCACGUGCAGGGGGCAGCCAUGGGCCACGCAUGCA